AUGUCGAAAAAUCGUUUGGAAAAAUGGUUUCCCUUCAGAAAGGAUUCAAAAAGGACUCCACCUGACGAGACCGCCACACAAGGCCUAAAUGUGACCCCUUUCCCUCCGUCUGCUACCGCUGAAAUUGUGUGGUCCCCAAAUGAACUUGGUGAUCCAUCACAAACCACAACGGACCUGAACCGAAAGCCCUCUCUGGCCGGGACUGUCCUAGCAAGCACGACAUUCGGACUCCCCUCGCGAAAUCCGUCAGUGGCUACCGAUCGACGAAACGACCCUCUCGGCCUUACUAUUGUCUAUGAACCAGAAACAUCGCCUUCUCUCGACAUUAUUUUUGUUCAUGGUUUAGGCGGUACCAGCCGAGCUACGUGGGCACGAGGUCGAGAUCCACAGUACUUCUGGCCGGAGAAAUGGCUUCCUCUCGAGCCAGGAAUUCGAAUGGCACGAAUCCUGUCCUUUGGCUACAACGCUAGCUGGGCCUCCAGUGCCUCAGCUCCGAUCACGGGCAUAACAGACUUCGCGAAAGACCUGUUGUAUUCGAUGAAGUUUGCCAAGGGCGAAAAAUUGGAAGAGCUUGAGCUGGGCCAGAGACCCAUUAUCUUCAUUGUUCACUCUAUGGGGGGCCUCGUCGUUAAGCAGGCAUAUAUUCUUGGCCAAAACGACAAUCAGUAUUCUGACAUCGUAUCAUCGAUCAGUGCGAUACUAUUUUUGGCGACUCCACAUCGCGGAUCUAAUCUGGCGGAUAUCUUGAACAAGAUCCUGACCGUGUCACUGUUCAAUCAUAGUCCCAAAUUAUACAUAUCGGAGCUGAGUGUCGGGUCCCAGACUGUAGCAGCUCUGAACGAGCAAUUCCGUCACAUUGCUCCAAACCUGGACAUACUUUCAUUCUAUGAGACCCUGCAGACUUCAAUUGGUCCGAAGAAAAUGAUGGUGGUCGAGAAAGAAUCAGCUACUCUUGGGUAUCCGAAGGAGAUUUCAAAAGCUCUGGUUGCCGAUCACCAUACGGUCUGCAAGUUCGAUAGCAUUCAGGACUCCAAUUACAUCAGUGUUAGGAACGCCUUGAAAACCUUGGUCUCAUCUAUUCGCUCGGCAGGACAAUCUUUAUUUAGAGAGCAGGGGAAAACACACCUCGAACAGUUGCAGGCUCUGCUGGCAGUGUCGGAGGCCUUUCAUGAAGACCUCGAAUUCUUUCAUUCCAGGUGGACUCCUGGGACCUGCGACUGGAUUAUAUUUCAUCCAUCCUUCAUUCAUUGGAUGGAUGAAGCUGAGGAUGCCCCAACCAUGUUGUGGUUGCACGCGUUGCCAGCGAGUGGGAAAUCGGUUUUAUCAGCCUUUGUUACACAUAAGCUCUUAGAACAGGAAAUUUGUGUGUACUAUUUCUUCCGAUUCAGUGACGAGUCCAAGCGCUCGCUGAGCGCCUGCUUGAGGAGCAUUGCUUUUCAGAUUGCAAAGCAGCUGCCUGGAUUUUGCCGCGCAUUAAAAAACAUCCCAUCUGCCACAAAGACGUUAGAGAAAACGGACCCCAAGGCCAUCUGGGAGAGAAUAUUUGUUCAACUGCUGUUCAAAAUGAGAUUUUCUACAACGAUCUACUGUGUUAUCGACGCACUGGACGAGUCCGACAACCCACAGCAGCUGGUAGAGAUAAUGCAGAGUGUGUCGCAUUCAUUGACGCGCAUCAAGGUGAUCCUUGUUAGUCGGCAAACAUCAGGACUCAUCACAACGUUUGACCGGUUGUCGACUGUGCUCUCGGUCGCAUAUUUACCACUGGAGAGUACCAAAAGAGACAUACGGCGGUAUGUCGAACGGGAAGUAGAAUACUUGCGUGCCGCCCCCGAAUUCAAAGCGCGGCUAGUGGACAAAAUGGUGAAAUGUGCGAAUGGUAAUUUUCUAUGGGCCAGUCUUGCGAUGCGUGAGGUGGCGGAGUGCAACACAGAAGAGGACGUCGACGAAACGCUGGGUGGCAUCCCGGGUGGUAUGGAGCAAUUAUAUCAACGCAUGGAGCGCACAAUCAUUACGAACACAAAACCACGCGAUAGGAAACUGGGACAGAGAAUUUUGAUGUGGGCAACAUGCUCCCGGCGUCCGCUGGUCCUUAGUGAGCUGGCACAAGCGUUGGAGCCCGACUUUUUGCCCAUGGUAGAGAUGAGCCUCCUCAUCAACCGUGUUUGUGGGCAGUUUGUCAUCGUUGACUCUGCUACUGGUAGCUUAGUGAUGGUCCAUCAAACCGCGAGGGAUCAUAUAGUGGCGACGGACUCAGAGCUAGGAGUCAAUGUACUCGAAGGCCAUGAGAAGUUGUUGACCAAGUGCCUGGCUGUCUUGGAGAAGCACUACCAACCUCGAGAUCUGCAUCUUCGGCCCGGGGACCGGAAAGAUAGUUUGAGGGGAGAAUUCGUCUACUAUGCAAUGACGUCGUGGGCGUAUCACCUGGAUAAAGUAUCCCCUGAUUCAGAUGCACCACUACUUCUUUUGGCCAAAUUCCUCCAAGGCAAUCACGUUCUAGACUGGAUUGUAGCUCUGGCUCAAACAAGAAAAUUGCGGGUUCUUGUGUCUUCUGCGAAGAGCAUGAAUCUAUACGUCCGCCGGAAACGAGGUCGCAAUGCUGUGACACACCCAAUGGUCCAUCGGCUUCAAGAGCUAGACUUGGUGGAAUCAUGGGCAACAGACUUGCUCAAACUCAUUGGGAAGUUUGGACUGCAUCUGACUGAGUCCCCUACCUCUAUCUACCAGCAAAUUCCGCCAUUCUGCCCAAGAACAUCUAUGAUAUACCGCCAAUUCGAGCAAUCCGGCCCCCGUCCACAUUCCCUAGUGGUCAAUGGACUAUCAAAGUCCACGUGGGAUGAUGGCCUAGCAAGGAUUUCUCUCCAACCCGCGACCCAGGGUCUCAUAAUUGUUUGCGCCGGAGAACAUUUUGCUGUGUUAACCGGCCGAGGAGUAAUUACUUUGUAUAACUCUACGACUUUCGAGACUAGACAUGUGCUCAAACAUGCGGAGGAGGUUUCUGCGAUGAGUUUCAGUCGCGGCUCCCAUCUUAUCGUGACAUACGGUUACCGGACGACAAAGGUCUGGUCUGUCGAUUCGGGAGAAGUCAUGCACCGGAUCCAAAACCCCAUUGGCAGCACAGCCUUGGCCAUGGUAUUCUCCUCCGGGGAUACCCAGAUUGUAAUCGGGUCAGCGGAUCGACUCCUCAGAGUCGCCCGGUUGAUGGACCAAGUUCCCGCUUGGUCGGUUUUGCAUCGCAGCCUUCUGACAUUGGACACUGCUCUGGACAGGCCUGUGCAUAACGUGCCUUGGCGUAUGGCGUUUAAUUCUGACGCGACCUGUGUAGCUGUCGCGUACCGCGGUUCUCCUCUAUGUGUCUGGUCCCUGGAAAAUGCGACACUCUUGGGACGAUGUAUGCGCAGUCAUGAAUAUGCAGGAAAUUCCUGGACGGUUGUGGACCAAAUGAUAUGGCAUCCGAAAUCCCAGGACAUCCUCGGUCUGUACCAGGGAGGGCAGGUAUUCAGAUGGAAUCCAUACACGAACAGCCAGCAGGAAAUGGAAGCCGAGGGAUCAAUUAUUGCAUGCAGUCCUGAGGGCAAGUUUUUUACAAUAGGUGACAGCCAGGGCACGAUCAAGCUGUAUAGCUUUCAUCAUUUCGCCCUGAUCUACAAGCUCUCCUGCGAUCAGAUGAUCACCGAUAUCUGCUUCAGUCCAGACAGCAAACGAUUAUAUGACCUCCGUGGCCCAUGGUGCAAUGUUUGGGAGCCAAAUGCAUUACUUGCAGGGGAUGAGAAUGGCGAUGAUAGUGACCUUGGGAGCGAGGCGGCUAGCAUUCCAACGGCCAUUGUUUCCGAAGCUUCUGCAGAGGUACGGGCGCAGAUAACCGCAAUUGCCAUUCAAUUCAAAGGGCAACAUCACGCUGUUGGGAAUGAAGCGGGAGUUGUCAGCGUAAUAGAAUCCUCGGAAGGCAAGCAUGCGACAUCUGAGCUCUGGAGGUCAUCAUUGGAGCUACCAAUUUCACAUUUAGAUUGGUCGUCUGAUGGAAGAUUCUUAGCCAGUGUCGAGAUGGCAGGGAGGGUCGUCGUGAAGGAGAUUCAUACAGACAGCGACGGAGCCUGGACUGUUAACCAAGCAUUCGAGGCGACAAUGGAUGUUAGUCCUGAAGGCGUUCAACAAGUCCUCCUCAAUAGCAACGGGGCAAUUGUUUUAGUCAAAAACGGGCCUUCAGUCACCGUUCAACCGGUGAUGUCGACUCAUCCCAGCAGAGAACCUCUGGCUAUUACAUCGCCAGAUACGAAGUGGGUCAAACACCCAACAGACUCAAAACUAUUAUUGUCUUUUAGCUCCAGUCAUAUACGUGUCUACAGAUGGGAUGAUCUCUCUGAAAUCUCCGUCAUGGAUCUGGAGAGACCACCGGUACUGUCGGAACCAGAUCUAGAGGUCACUCCAGAUAUCGUCAAAGACCACCUGCAUAAUGAAGAAAACGCAAAAAUCCAGCGCAUCUGCCAUACUCGCUCAGGCUCCCACUUCCUCAUCCACACUAUCUUUUCGACCAACGGUCGCAGAGAAACCGUCACAUUGCUGUUUCAAACAUCUUCUCUGUCCCAAUUACCAACCACGCCAACCAUAUCUCCGUCGAUCGAAACGCCCAUGACCAUUCCACCCGAAAUUCAGCGCCAAAUUGAAAUUCCCCUUGGAAUCCUCUCGCGUCAACGUCUUGUGUUCCUUAACAAAAGCCACUGGGUAUGUUCUUGGAUUCUCGGUUCCAACUUCACCCCAGACCAGGUGCAGCGACACUACUUCCUCCCCAAGGAUUGGUUGAAUAUGGAAUGUUUGGAAUUGUGUGUUUUGCUUCCAAAUGGGGUGUUUUUGAUCCCGAAUAACGGCGAGCUGGCUGAGGUUAGUAGCACCGGGUUAAGUCAUGGGUGA